GGCGCCCCACGUGCACGCAGGGCCGCUCCACAGCUCCUGCCCGCGCCAGGACGCCCUCUUUCCCUUUUGCGCUCUUGCGUGGUCACUGGGGGAAGGUCCGCGCGAGUUCGGGGUCCAGCGGUCCGAGGCUGGGCUGGCUCCCCAGCUGCGUCCUGCGCUCACCGGCGGACUGGACCAGGGGAGGGACGCAGGGCUCAGAAGGUGGCUUCUUGCGGGAAGAUGAGGAAGCCCGACGGGAAAAUCGUGCUUCUGGGGGACAUGAACGUGGGCAAGACCUCGCUGCUGCAGAGGUACAUGGAGCGGCGCUUCCCCGACACGGUCAGCACGGUGGGCGGCGCCUUCUACCUGAAGCAGUGGCGCUCCUUCAACAUCUCCAUCUGGGACACUGCAGGGAGAGAGCAGUUCCACGGCUUGGGCUCAAUGUACUGCCGGGGGGCAGCCGCUGUCAUCCUCACCUACGACGUAAACCACCUGCAGAGCCUGGUGGAGCUGGAGGACAGGUUCCUGGGCCUGACGGACACGGCCAGCAAAGACUGCCUAUUUGCCAUCGUGGGGAACAAAGUGGACCUCACCGAGGAGGGGGCCACAGAGAGUGGGGAAAAGGAGGGGCAUAACCCCAGCAAGGCUGGGGGAGGCUGUGCUUCCCCCAGGGUGCCCAAGCAGGUGCAGCUGGAGGAUGCGAUGGCCCUUUAUAAAAAGAUCCUCAAGUACAAGAUGCUGGACGAGAAGGACGUGCCGGCUGCUGAGCAGAUGUGCUUCGAGACCAGCGCCAAGACGGGGUACAACGUGGACCUCCUGUUUGAAACCCUGUUUGACAUGGUGGUGCCAAUGAUCUUACAGCAGAGGGCUGAGGGGCCGCCACAGACUGUGGAUGUAACCAGCUGUAAGCCCACCGAACGGACCAGAUCCGGGUGCUGUGCCUGACCUGCAGAAGGCCUUCCUGACCCUUGGUCUGUGCACGUGGGAAGCCAGCUGGGGUCAGAAAAGAGCACAAGAAGUCAGGGAGUCUCUGUAUAGUGCGACGCACGAGGAGUGCUACUAGUCACUGAUGAAGAUCAGCGUGCACAGGCGCCUCAGUGUGCCAGGAGGUGGGGACAGGAACGCGCCACAGAAACUGCAGGGCCAGGACAUGGAUGCUGCCUUGCCCGCUGCCUCUGCGUCCCAGGUCCCACCUGCGGUUGGCUCCCGUCCUCAGGUCUGUCCCCUGCCUGAGACCUGUCCUGCACCCUCCAUGGCCACCGUGCUGGGCAGCUUUAUGCUUGCUGCUGUUCUGGAACUUUCACUGUGAUCUCCUUGUGGUCCUCCCCUUUGGUACUUGCACUUUGACACAUUGUGAUAAUGAUUCUCCACGUUUAAUUUAUACGAAAUCAGGAAUGCCUAUUUUAUAUUGGUUGAAACAAUGUGCGCUACACAUUUUAUUAAAGAUGAUUUUGGGGAAAA